UUUACUUAUCUUAGUUUACUUCUUGACUAUUUGAGUUAAAACUAUUCAAUAUUGUUUAUUUGAAUGUUUACUGUAAGAAGUAGUAUACAUUUGCAAUAACACUAUGUAUACUGUAACGUCACUGGACGGUGAUAUUUACAACCGUGAAUAUUUCUUGCUUGAAGACGUGUGCCGUCUCUGUUGGAAAAGGAAUGCCACUCAGGAAAUAUCGUGUAAAAGGGAGGUCAAUGAAACAGAAUACGGUAUUCCGCUUUUGAAUCAAAUUCGGGAUUGUCUGGACAUCAUUUUAACUCACGAAUGCCGGCCUAACAAAGUUUGUACAGGUUGCAGUGACGAGGUGAAAAGGUUCUACGAAUUUAAGAAAUUCUGUCUAGAAACUGACAAAAAACUUCGGGAAAUAUUACAGAAUUAUGUUAAAAUUGCCGAAAAGUCAUCUAAUAACAGCGAAUGUUACAUAAAAGUAGAGAAUGAGCUUCCUACAGAGUUAGAGCAAGACGAAACAUUUGACGACUUUCUAGAGUCACUUCACCAUUCAGACUCCAGUGAAAACGUAAAUAAACAGAAGGUUAAAUUAAAACAGACUUACAAACCUAAAAGAUCUCCUACUUACUGUAAUAUCUGCAGAUUAGACUUCAAAACUGUGGAGCAAUUUUCUCUUCACAAUUCCCAGAAUCAUGGAAUAGAAGGUACUUUAUACAAGUGUUUCGGUUGUGAGAAACGCUUUAAAAGCCGAAAGACUCGAAUUGGGCACGAAAUAAACUUCUGUAAAGGUUUAAAAGAUGGGUACAGAUGUAAGCUAUGUGACCGAUGUCUUCCGAAGAGGAGAAUGUAUGAAGCUCACAUGAGAGACCAUAGAGAAAAUGUAACUAUAGAGUUGCCUGAGGAGUUGUUUAAGUGUCAAAAGUGUUGCAUCUCAUUUAAGACCAGAGAGGAUCUUAAAGAACAUGUCUCAGAGCAUGAGACAGCAAAGAAAUAUGUUUGUGAAAGUUGUGGACGCGUGUUCACCCGACAAGAUUAUCUCCACAAACACAAGCUCACACACACAGGCACUAAGCAGCAUGUAUGUCCACACUGCGGCUUCCGAUCUACCCAGCGAUCUUCACUCAUCGUCCACAUAAGAAAACACACGGGCGAGCGACCAUACGGUUGUGACAUGUGCCCGCAGCGCUGCAUCUCCAGUUCCAACUUACGCGCGCACCGCCGCCGACAUCUCGGUCUCAAGACGUUCCAGUGCACAAUAUGCGACAAGAAAUUCGGCUACAAAGUGAGUCUUGAUGAGCAUAUAGAGUCCUCUCACCACCGCUCGCAAACCCACCCCUGCCCGCAUUGCGGGGCCCAUUAUUCCCGCAAGCGGGGCUUGAAGCGUCAUCUGACGGCGAAACACUGCGAGAAUGAACCUAGUGAUGAUGGCGAUAAGGUUGAUAGUUUGUUGAAGGUAUUGUAGUUAAGCUACUUGGUCAUAGAUGGAACCAGUGUCGUUCACAAACCCACUUACUUCCGCAAACGGGAGUUAAAGCGACAUCUGACGGCUAGACACAAUGAACCUAGUGAUGAGGGCGAUAAGGUUCACAAUCUGUAAGGUAUUGUAGUUACGCUACUUGGCAACAGAUGGCGCUACUAUACUACUUCAAGUGGAUUUGAAGCGACGUCUCAAGUCUGAACACUGCGAGAAUGAACCUAGUGAUGACGGUGACAAGGUCUAAUAAAGGUAUUCUACUACCAUAGAGAAUUAUAAGUAAAGAAAGAGUGGUAACUCCAUACAUCAGUUUUCGCGCCUUAUUUCGUAUUCAGCAUCUAGCGUCAAGUAGCGGAACUCUCAGUACUGCUAUUCGACAAUAGAUGUAGCGGCGAACAAAAAGUCUAAUGCUCAACGAUUUUCAGCUAAUAUUAUAACCGGAUUAACCGGAACUCUAUUUUCAACUCCUGCUUAUAAUAUAAGAUUAGUUUUGUGUUUUGUUGAGCAAUACACUUCGUCAGUCGCGACACAAGUGACAUCUAGUGUCGAGUAGCAGUACUGAUAGUUCCGCUAUUUGACGCUAGAUGUAGACUAGGAAAAUAAUAGUCUUUUCGGUAACAAAACUGAUGUAUGGAGUGAGUCACUCUAUGUCUUCUUCAUUCUCUUAGCAAAGAGAAAUUAUAUCUAUGGUAAGUGAGUGAGACGCUAUGAAAUAUUACGGAAAAUUAUAUCCUAUUAUAUACUAUUGUCAUAGAGUAACUUAUACUAGAGCGGUACUGUCAUAGUAAAUUUUGUAACCACAGUAAAUUCACUGCCAUCUGUCGACACACUUUAAAACUAAAAAUAAAUAUUUAUAAAAAUACGAUAAAACGUAUUUAAAUAUGGAUAAAUGAUUUUUUUUAUUUGCAUUAAUUAUUUUUAUGAUUUUGACCCAUGUUCUUUCACUGAUAUGCGUUAAAAUUGUUAAAUAACAAACGAAACCGUCAACGCCAUCUAUACGACAGUAAGCCAAAGCUAGUAGCGCCCUCUGAACGAGAAUCAAAUUUUCUUGAUUUUCGAGGCACGUUUUUUCCUUAGACUGUAUCCAUCUAUUACGGAGUUAUAUCUAUCUUUGCUAUUGUUAUAUUGACUGAUAAAGAGAGUGAAUAU